AUGGCUUUGCAACAGAAGGCCUCUCUGUCCAAUCUCUGUCAUCUGACAAUUACACGUAAAUGUUUGCUCAAGUCGAGGUUGUUUGGCGCCUUGCAAGAUGACUUGGUGAUUAUGUUUGGAUGCUUCGGAUACACCUUGAAGCCGGCGAUAUCGAAGAGAAGCGUCGAGCUGGAAGCCGAUGCUGGUCCUCCGUCAUAUUCAACAAAUCCAUUUCUUUUUGGCCUGCCGAGAUGGCUGGCCUCCGACCUCCUCAGGACGCGCCUUACCGUCAGUAUCACCCCUAGCAUGGUUGUAGAUAGUCUUUCCAGCAAGAAUCGGACGGUUGACUUCCGACCAUACUUAUUGUUACCUGUAUAG